CACCAGAUUUAUUAAAGCAUUAGAAAACCAGGCUGACAGCCUUUGUGAAAAUAUUAGCAAUAAUGCAUCCAUCGACUUGUAUAUGUUUACUUUCUGUUUAAUUUUAUCUGUUGAAGGAAAAAUGUUUGCACCUUUUCCAUGUAAUUUUAUAGCCCUAUUUUAUUAAUAAUUUAAACUGCUAAGAUUUUAUUCAGGUAUUGUUUAUUACAUUGUAAGAAGGCAGUAGAAUUGCAUUUUUAUAAUGUAGUUUUCAAAAUCUCUGUAUAAAAUACUCUAGGAAGCACAAACAUACUGACCUGCAAAAUAGGUCCUUUGAGGAGAAAAUACAUUAAAUGUAAUAGCAGUAUUAUACAAUAUCAUCACCUAGAAUACUUAUUGUACAAGUAAUAUAACAGAUAGUUAAAACAGAAGAGAACAUUAGUAAUUGAAAUUUGUUGCUAAAUAUGCGGCUUCUGUGGUUUUGUCUCUAAUGUAAAAGGCUUGAUGGUUUGCUUUUAUUAGGAUAAUUUCAUCAGCAUGGGCACUGCUCACUCAAUAAUACAAUGAAAUGUCAACGCUGGAGAUUUCACUACAGAGCCAACUUCUCCUAAUGUUAAAUAGUAACUACUAGGGCAACAAUCCAAAAGCAACAUUGACACAAGUUUAACUUCAUUUGUGAUAAUGGAAGACAACGGCUUUCAAUUUUGUGGUAGUGUUAAAUGUUUGGUUGGUUGGGGUUUUUCUUUGUCACAGUAACAGAUGCAUGGCAACAAUAACACUUUCUUAAUGUAUCCUUUUCAUCCUUUAGCCAUAAUUUGGUUUAAUUUUCAGGGACACGGCAAAAAUCAUCGCUUAGGAUUCUUAUAAACUCUCUUUGGCCAUUUGCUUUACUCUCAAAAAGCACAUUUUCUGUAUUCUCUUUGUUGAGAAACCAUUAGCUACCAUCAUGGUGAGCAGCUCAGAGACAAUGUGAAAAAUUACAUUCAGCAAAUAAACUGAAUGCUUUUUCAUUAAAUCUAUUUAGUUUAUCUUGCACUAGGACAUCAAAAGCUUGAAAGGGCUUUGAGUCUCACUCAUAAGAGAAGAAGGAAAUAAUUAUUCUUCUGCAGAUAGGUGGUAGUUUUCCUGUUGCUGAAGUAUGCAGAAUAAACACAUUUACAGAUUUCAGGGACUAUCUAAAUAUGAUUAUAAGAAAUAUUUCCAUUAACAGAAGAGUUCUGGCUCAGCCUUCUUAAUAGGUCAGUCUCCCAGUGUGAACUGCAUGCAUAUUGGAGUUUUGCUCCCACUCACAAUCCUGCUCUGAGUUCUAAUCUGUUCUCAUUUGAUUUGCAGUAAUGUAAUAACCUGUAACCCUCUUUUAAAUUUGGUUGAUACUGAUCAUGAGUUCUAAAACUACCUGGAGAAAUUAUGCCAGGCAGACAGAAAGACAACUGCAGGUUGCAAAAUCACAUACGUUUUCUGUUCUCAGGAUAAAGGCUACAAAGUGCACGAUGCAAGGUAAUUAUUUUUUAAUUCUCUCUUCAAAAUUGAUAAUAUGCUUCUUUUAGAUGUCUUCCCUAUCUUCUGUAUGAGUUCCAGGUGGAUACAUAUUUCUAUAUCUACAUUUUCUACAUUCUAAUGCUUUAUUACAAAACUUCAUAGCUGAUAACAUAUCUGAACAAAAACUUGGCUCCACAUCAGCAGGUGAGUGUACACUUAAAGCCAAACUUUCCAAGUGUGCAAUCAGGCCCCACUCAUUUGGUGACUUCCAGACUAUCAGUGUCCAUGGUCACCGCUUUGCUCUGAAUUCUCUUCUCUCUGUACCUUCAUACUGAUCUCCCAGUGAUGACUAGCAUUUUAUGAACUGAUUAUAAACUUAAGGUAGGAAACAAGCAUUAAGAAUUAGUUUUAGAGUUUUCUAAAGGAUGAAGUCAUCAACAUCUAAAAAAGGGCAAAUGCAGUGACUGUAGAGUUGACAAAGUGAGCAGAUGGUGCAAAGGUAUUCACAGCAAUCAACUGGAAAUCUGACUGAGAAAGGCCACUGAAGUUUUUAAAAGAUGAAUUAUAAAAUUACCAAAAAAUCAGUUUUUAGAUGUGAAGCAGUGUGUAUAGGGAAGCGAAUCCUAUCAUCUACACACAGUAGUUACCUGUUAUCUUUUGCCAAUCACAAAUGGUCUCUUGACAGAUACUGUAGCUCAGGAGAAGACAAAAGUCAAACAGAAUGAUCAGAGGGCAUUGGAAAAGGAGCACAAAACCAACCAGUCAUCAUAAUUCCAUAUAAUCCCUAAACUCACUGUACACAUUAAUCAUUACAUUAAAUUCUGGUCAUUCAAUACUAUUAGUAAGAAUUAGAAGAACUAAAUAAAUUCAAUAAGGAGACUAUUAUGAAGUGGCUUUAGCAUACAAAGCAAAUAGGCAAACGUUUCAGUCGAAGAAGAAUACUGAAGUAUAUUAAUAGGGUAUAAAAUUUUGCAGAAAAAGUGAAUAGGGUGCUUAUUUUUUCCUCACAAUACAAGAAUCAAGCAUUGGCUAGAGGAAAAAAAGGAAAUACUGUUUCAGACAAUACAUAAUUAAGAAGCGGAACAUCCUGUCCAAGAAAGCACAAAGUGAAAAGCAUAAAAAAUUAUUUUUCCAGUUCCUUUGUGGAGGGCAGGCUCAUGGAUGCUAUCAGGCGCGCGGGGCGGCUCCCCGCUCAGGAGGCCCGGCUGCAGGAGGUUGUUCGCUCCCGCGCCCUCGCUGAGGGCGCUGACACAGGCGGCCAGGGCAGCGGCUCUCCAGGCCUGCACCGAUUACCCACAGAAACGCCGCCGGGCCUCUCCCAGCACCAUCUUUUACACACACAGCCGAGCGUUCCAGCCUCCGGAGACAUCGCUCGGGCCUCCCGUCCCGGAGAGCUUCAUGAGGGAUGAGGGCGGUGGGAAGGACGGGCUGGCUCUGGAAACUGCCUCCCGCCUUUUCCCGUAGACAGUUCCCUGCUCCAGUCCCGCAGUGCGGCGGCGGAGGGCGCACGAUCCGCGGAGGCCCACAGAAGGCCGCCCGCCCGCCAGCAGCGGCCCCGACGCCGAGCCUGCCUUCCCCCGGCGGCCAUCUUGGAGCCGGGCGGAAGAACUACCGGUCCCAGCGCGCUCGGCGCCGCGCCGCCAUCUUGCCGCCGGAGCUCGGGCUGGGGGCGGCGGCGGCCGAGACAUGGCGCUGUUCCCGGCCUUCGCCGGGGCCGCGCAGCCCGGGGAGCCCCCCGCCGGCAGCUCCGAGGGCUCCACGAGAGAGUUAGACUGGCUUAGUAACCCAAGCUUCUCUGCAGAAGAUGCACUAUUACUGCACCAGCGCACUACAGAAGUUGCCAAUCUCAUUCCUGAGAAAUCGCCAUUAAUAAGGACUUCUUCAAGAUCUGAGUUGUCAGAGGAGAGUGAUACAGAUGAGAGUCUGAAACAAACAAGUAAGAAAAGGAAAAAGAAAAAGAAAAGGCACCACCACAAUAAGAAGACAAAAAAGAAAACCAAAGGGGAUUCUAGUAGCAGCGAAUCCGAGGUGGACACUAAAUACAUCAAGGACAAAGGAAGUGGCAAAAGUAGUGAAAAGGAGGCAGCAGCAAAUCUAGGUAAGAAAGCAUCAGGUGUUACCAGCAGUCACUCUAUUUGGCUUGAUGAUAUCCAGGCCCCCAGAGCAGACACCUUCCGGAUAGACAAGAAACCAGACCCUGCAAACUGGGCCUACAAAUCCUUGUAUCGUGGGGACAUAGCAAGGUAUAAAAGGAAAGGAGAGUCCUGUCUUGGCAUAGACGCAAAGAAGCAGUGCAUAACUUGGGACAGUUCUGCAUCAAAAAGGAAACAAGCACAGAGUCGACCUGAGCGCUACUUUACAAAGAACAAUGUGAAGAUGCUGAACACAGAUGGGAUUCUUGUUUGUAAUAAAAAUUCUCCAUCUGAUCCACCUGCUUUUAUACCAGUUUCCCAAGUGGAAACUGAUGAUUCUUCUGACAAAACAGAAGUAAAUCCUCUUGGGAUUUAUGACCCAUCAACCACAGUGUGGCUACAAGGAAAAGGGUGCAAGAGUGCAGACAAUGAGUCUGUAAAUACGCAACAAACAAUUCAAGAGCCUGGGAUAAACAUGAACUCCAUUCUAAUGACAAAAGUGGAAGAAUAUAACAAGAAAGUUAGAGAAAACCCAAGAGAUAUUAAUGCUUGGAUGGAAUUUAUUUCCUUUCAGGAUGAAUUAAUGAGAGGACCUAGCCCUUAUGCCAGUAAGGGGGAGCAGGAAUUAAGGAGAAAAUCACUCAAGUUAAUCUUGGAAAAGAAACUGGCCAUUUUAGAGAGGGCAAUUGAAAGCAAUCCAAGUAAUGUUGAUCUGAAACUUGCCAGGCUGAAGCUUUGCACAGAAUUCUGGGAACCACCAGCUGUGAUCAAAGAAUGGCAGAAGCUAAUUUUUUUACAUCCCAAUAAUCCAGAGAUGUGGAAGAAAUACCUUCUGUUCUGUCAAAGUCAGUUCACUACCUUUUCUGUUUCAAAGAUCAACAGUCUCUAUGGAAAAUGUUUGACAACACUGGCAGCUGUACAGGAUGGCAGCAUGGUAUCCCAUCCUCUGCUGCCUGGCACUGAAGAAGCUAUGCUGGCUAUAUUUAUUCAGCAAUGCCACUUUCUGAGACAGGCUGGCCAUUCUGAGAAAGCAGUGUCUUUGUUUCAGGCUCUGAUUGACUUCACCUUUUUUAAACCUGACAGUGUAAAAGAUCUACCAACAAGGGGACAGGUGGAAUUCUUUGAACCCUUUUGGGAUAGUGGAGAACCACGAAUUGGAGAAAAAGGAGCAAGAGGCUGGAAAGCAUGGAUGCACCAACAAGAAAAGGGUGGCUGGGUUGUUCUUAAGCCUGAUGAUGAGGAUGAGGAAGACCUAGAUGAAGAUCAAGAAAUAAAAGAUAAAACUCUUCCCAAGUGGCAUAUUUGGUUGGAUGUUGAAUAUUCCCGGGAGGCAAGGCAUUGGUUACCUUGGAGGCCAGACAAAGCCAAAAAGGAAACUGAAGAAGAUUGUGAAGAUCCAGAAAGACAGGUGUUAUUUGAUGAUCUUGGACCAUCUUUAAUCCGUCUUUCUAAUCCAAAGCUUCAACGUCAACUAUUGUACUCUUUUUUGCAAUUCCUGGGAGUUCCAUGUACAAGUAAACUCUUUCCUUCCAGUCUCUAUAUUGCCAUGGAUGAAAAUAACAUCUUUGACAAUGUGCUUUAUGAUGAUAAACCACUGACUUCUGUUGAUUUUCAACUUUCUGGAUUCAACAGUAUUGGUCAUAUGGAUACGAUGUCACGAGGCAGACAUCAGAUAGGCCACUAUAAAGAAGGAGAGGAGUUCAUACAGAAUGUCUUCCAUGUUCUGUCCCAGAUAUUUACAGGAAAGGAAAGAUCUAACCUGGCCAUUUGUUGGCUACAGUAUGAAAUAUCUAAGGUAAUUCAGUGUCUCCAAGCAAAAAAGAAAAAGAAGCUAAAAGCACAAGGGAGGAAGAGUAAAAAGUUGGCCAAGAAUUUCCUUAAAGCACCUGACAACCGAAACAACCUUUCUCUCUGGAAACUCUAUGCCUACCUAGAGUGGCUGCUUGGUAACACAGAUGAUUCCAGGAAGGUGUUUGACACCGCUCUUUGCACAGCAGGGACAGGAGGAUUGAAGAGUGCUCAGCUCUGCAGCCUCAGCCUGCUGUACGCUCAGCUGGAAGUGGAACUGCUGGAAAGCAUCGAAGGAGCUGUCAUGUCACGUGCUGUUCAUAUAUUGACCAAAUUGACUGAAAAUGGACCAUAUGUGCCCUAUAGUGGACAAGUGUUACCUGUGAAUGUCUUGAAAGCUCGUAAAACAUAUGAGCAUGCACUGCAAGAUUAUUUAAGUAAAACAGCGGUUUCUGGUCAGGAUCAGGUCUAUGAUGCUGAUCAGCUGGUUAACCUGGUUGGUUGUUAUGCACUGUUUCAGUAUUUGACUGUUGGGAUUGAUGCUGCAGUAUUAAUAUAUACGCAGGCUUCAGAAAAACUUGAAGUUUCUGGUUCACAGAAAUGUGAAAAUACUAGAGAGAAUUUUGGCAUUCUAAAUUUUCCCACUGCUCUUGAAGCUGUCACACUGCUGCAUACAAAUUUACUGAGAUUCCACAUGAAAAUUAGUGUUUAUCCUUUGAAUCCCCUGCGAGAGGCACUAACAGAGGCUCUGAAACGGUAUCCUAGCAACCAGUCUCUUUGGAGGUCAUACAUCCACAUCCAAAGGAAGUCUCACAGUGCGAGCAAAGCACGAAGAUUUUUUGAUAGUGUCACAAGGUCUACUAACUCUUUAGAGCCAUGGCUGUUUGCAAUCCAAGCAGAGCAGAUGAGAAAAAAGCUCACAGAGAAGGUCCAGAGGGCAGAUGUUGGUGAAAUACAUUGUACUAUUCCUGAAACUGGAUUAACAAAUCGGAUUGUAGCUCUGUUUGAACAUGCAGUUCAGAGUGAAAAUGGUACCCAUUGUCCACUGCUAUGGAGAAUGUAUUUGAACUUUAUGGCUUCACUAGGAAAAAAGGAAAAAAGUAAAGGAUUGUUUUAUAAAGCCCUUCAAAACUGUCCUUGGGCAAAGGUGCUCUAUAUGGAUGCAGUAGAGUAUUUCCCUGAGGAUCUGCAGGAGACACUCGAUCUAAUGACUGAAAAAGAAUUGAGAGUGCGGGUGCCUAUGGAAGAGCUGGAUCUACUGCUAGAGAUUUAAAAGAAGACUGGAGCAGAGUGGAGAAAGUAGAGAAGCUGCUUCCAAAGCCAACAAUUAGAUCCAUUUUCAUACAGGAACUCUGUUGGGACUUGGGUACUAUGUACUUGACAUUUUUUUGUUAUUAAAUAUUUUAUAUCAAUUCCUAUCAAAAUGGAGUUCUACUACCUGCAAGUAUUCUGGAAUCAAGGACUGCAUUUUGCCCACAAUAUAAUGGAUCCAUUUUCCUGCAGUAUUGCUGGCUCCCACAGAAGGAUAGCCUCUUUAAAUAGCCUCCUGUUGGAAGUUGCCUGCAUUUCUUACUCUGUUGUUUGAAAUUACAUUCCUUAGGGUUCAGUAGAGUUUCAGUACAUGCCAACUAUGGCUUGAGGAGCAGCACAGGAAAUAAACAUCUGCCAAAUGGAUGCUCCACUGUCCUCCAGUUGGCAGACUUCAGUAAUUUCCUUCAGCAUGGUAUGGCUGUGCAUAUGCAACUGCCGAGUCAAACAGCCAUUUCAGCUGGACAUAUACUGUGAAAGCUAAAUUUUUGUUUGAGCAGGCACCUGUUUUGGUAUGUUUUGACAGAUGACCAUUUAAAUGUAAAUAUUUCUGAAAAAUAUACCUGAAUAUUUGAAAAUUCAAAAUAACUUGUUUUUUAUGUAUUAAUUUAAUAGAACUGAGUGUAUUAAAAAUGAAAA